UGGAGACACGCAACAUCAUCGCAUUCAUUCCGCCCUGUCAACUAUUCUUCUUAAGAAGAGCGAAGUGAGCGUAAUUGCUCCUGUCUUUGUCGCUGGCGUUCUUACUCGUCCCGUUCCUAGAUACUAAGAUUUCCCCUCCGUCGACAUGGAGCAACAACCCCUCAAUCCUGAACCCCAGCAGGGUGAUCUUAACUGGCGCCUGAGUGCGCAUCCGAUUACGUUGCUUUGUUUCCUGGGCUUCCGCUUCAGUGCCCUGCUGAUGUACCUAUUCGGGGUGCUGUUUAUUAAGAAUUUUAUCUUGGUCUUCAUCAUCACCUUGCUUCUCCUCGCAGCAGACUUCUAUUACCUCAAGAACAUUGCCGGACGUCGCUUAGUGGGUCUCCGCUGGUGGAACGAAGUGAACACCGCGAGUGGUGACUCGCAUUGGGUGUUCGAAUCCUCGGACCCGACAACUCGUACGGUCGCAGCUACAGAUAAGAGGUUCUUUUGGCUUAGCUUGUAUGUAACGCCUGCGCUUUGGGUUGGACUGGCGAUUUUGGCCAUCAUUAGACUGAGCAGUGUUAUUUGGUUGAGCUUGGUUGCUAUUGCCCUCGUCUUGACAAUCACCAAUACCCUUGCUUUCUCCCGGUGCGAUCGCUUCAGCCAAGCGUCCACCUUCGCCAACCGGGCACUGUCUGGAGGAAUUGUGAACAACAUCGCGGGGGGUCUGCUGGGCAGACUCUUCAAGUAAACAAGCCAGUCUUGAACGUUGUGCAUUGUAUGGUUGUCGUUCCUCCCUUGAUACAUCUGGAUGUAUUUUACAAAUCACGUGCGCUUUAUGUAUGCUCAGGCCUCUCAACAUGAAAUGAAUGCAACAUGUUUUGUAUCUCACUCUUUUAUACCUGUUGAUCUUAAUACCAUCAGUCAUUUUGAGGGAUUUUCCAGGGCUUGAGCUCAGUCUCAAAGCAUGGGCCUCGUUUCUCACAAGGAAUGGACUCUAAUGCUGCGUGACUACAAUGAUUAGCACAAGCUAUGUGACUUGUCAACUCUACAAGAUGCAAUUCCACAAGAAAAAGGUGCUAAAACAACCUAUUCAACUUAAAAGGAUUUGCUAUUAGGCUCAUCACCGCACUAGGACUGUCUUCCCAGGGACACAAAGAUCACGAAAUCGACCCCUGCUAUUUUGCAAU